UCUCUCCUGCAGUGGCCAGGCAUCCACCGGGAUCGGAGCAGUCGCGUGCCGCACUGACGAUCCGCACGUACACGUCCCGGUCGUGUGGUGUUCAACGCGCGUGUGGACCACCACCGCUCUCCUACUCUCUGCCACCCGCACCCGCGUUGGCUGCUCACUUGCUCAACGCGCGCGCGGCCCUGAAAAGAUACGUAACGCGCGGUUUCCAUCUUCCAUCUGUGUGCCAAUUGUGCGGACAUUCAAUAAAUUUUAUUACUCGCAUUAACCGGACGUUACCUGUUUAGUGAUUUAGUGAAAUAAUCAUAAACAUUAGGUAUUAACUCCUCAAGGACAUAAUAUGUGUAUAUGUGAUAAUUGAAUAAGGUAUUUAAUUAAUUCUCUUAUGUGUGUUUUUGAGUUUUGGAUUGUGCGACAUACGUUUGAUAAUUAAAUAACUGUUUGGCGAGGCAGAAAGAUCGAAAAUUUAAUUGGAGGGUGAAAAAUACCAAGGGGAAAGAGACACGUUUUCAGAUAUUAUAAAUGUUGGGUGUGAAUACGAAGAUUUCCUGGAUUUUCGCCGAGAUGCGUGAUGGUGUAGUAAUUGACUGUAUACAACGAAGUUAAACGAAAAUAAAUUUUAGUAUCGCGAUGGCGGCGAUGUGCUGGACUUUGGCGGUGAUCGCGUGGCAGUGCGCGUUGCUGGCGGCGGGUGAUAUUGCCGCUGAGAUCGCCGAAGCGACCGAGGGCGGCACCGCCUCGCUGCCGUGUAACCUGGCGGCUGGGCAUCCGCUGGACCGCGUCAACGUGGUGCUGUGGUAUCGCGGCAAUUCGGACAGUCCCUUUUAUCGGUACGAUCUGCGCGAAGGCCGGCCCCAGCACUGGGCCGAACCAUCCCUUGGGGAUCGUUACUUUCUGCGGCUCGCCGACGGCGAGAAGGCCACGCUCACCGUCGCCCCCAUACGCCUCACCGACGAGGACGUCUAUCAGUGUCAUGUGCAGUUCUCCAGAUCGCCGAAUAGCAUUACGCAUGUCAAUCUUACCGUCAUCGUGCCGCCGCAAGGAAUUCAAGUCAGCGACGAUCACGGCCCCAUCAAGAACGGAAUAACGUCGGCAUACGCCGAGGGUGCCAGUUUAACGUUGACUUGUUCUGCAUCAUCAGGUAAACCGCUGCCGCGCGUGUCGUGGUGGCGCGACGGCGAGCAGAUUUCCGACGAAACGCAGUACUUCGCCGAACGCAAGAAGUCGCAAAACGUGCUCAAGAUAAACAAGCUGCUGCGCACCCAUCUCUUGGCGGUGUUCAGUUGCGAGGUUAGUAAUAGCCAACUGCAGCCGCCGCUGGUUGUACGCGUCGCUGUUGACAUGUAUCUGCGGCCGCUGGAGUCCCGCCUCCAAGGGGACAAUCAGCCGCUAAGUGCCGGCCGCCGGACGGAUAUUACAUGCAAAUGCAAGGGUUCACGACCGCCCGCCGUCAUCACUUGGUGGAAGGACGGCAUGUCGCUGGAGGGCGGCUCGGUGGCGGUCUCGGCCGACGGCAACACGACGACCAGCACGCUGACGUUCACGCCGACGGCGUCCGACCACGGCCUGCUCCUAACGUGCCGCGCGUCCAACCAUCGAAUACCCUUGAGUGAAUUGCGGGAUACUUGGAUGCUACGUGUCUUGUAUCCGCCGAAAGUGACGCUCACCCUCGGCCACGGCCUGGACGCCAACGACAUCAAGGAGGGCGCCGACGUCUACUUCGAAUGCCAUCUCGUCGCUAAUCCGUGGGUUUUAAGAGUUUGGUGGUUAAGAGAUGGACAACGAUUACUCAGCAACGCCACAUCCGGUGUAAUCGUCAGCAAUCAAACACUAGUAUUACAGGGCGUGAGCCGGACGAGCUCGGGGCGAUACUGUUGCGAGGCCAGCAACACCGAGGGAUCGUCGAAGAGCGCGUCCUUUCAUUUGAAAGUAAAAUAUGAGCCCGUCUGCGGCGAUAUGAGCGGCAGGAAAGUGCUCGGCGCCGCCAAGGACGAGCCGCUAACCGUCGAGUGCAAGGUGGAAGCCGAACCAGCAGCGCAAUUGUUCCGUUGGAGUUUCAACAGCACGCCAGGGAUUUCGAAGGAGCUGACCGAGUUCACCGCCGAGCCGGGCGGCAGCCAGCUCACCUACACGCCCAAAGUGGCGGCCGACUACGGCACCCUGCAGUGCUGGGGCCGCAACGAACUGGGCUCGCAGCGUAUGCCCUGCACUUACCACAUCGUGCCGGCCGGCAAACCCGACCCGCCCAACAUGUGCGCUUUUGCCAACAUCACCCACCACUCAACGGUGUUCGUCUGCAAGAAGGGCUUCGACGGCGGCAUGCGUCAAAAGUUCGCGCUGCUCGUCACCGCCGCCGAUGCGCUCAUCGCCAAUCUUUCAGCGUCCGCGCCCGAGUUUCUCAUUUCUAAUCUCGAGCCGGCGCAGGACUACAUCGCCACGAUUUAUUCAAUCAACGCCAAAGGUUGGUCGAAGGCUUCGAAUCCAUUAUCGGUGCGCACCCUUCCGGCGCCCGGGCUCAAGGAACGAAGGUACACAGGUCCCGUGGGGGAAGAUAAAUCGUCGGGGGGCGGCGGGCCGUGGUUGUACAUCGUGUUGGCGGCCGGCGCGACGCUCAUCGUCGCUGGUGCCAUCGGCGCCAUCAUCAUCGCCGUCAGACGCUUCAAAGUCGAUAGUCCAGUACACGACCGCCGCCAGCGUAGCCCCAAACGCGAAGAGAUCCCGCUCAAUCCAGGCGCGUCCACGUUCACAACGGACACGUCGCUCAACGAUGACAAGAACCCCGAUCUGAUACCACCUAGUAAUGAAAGUCUUUUGGAUUGUUCCGCUCCGUACACAAUAACCGCCCGGCCGAGUACGAAGCGGAACAGCGCCACGCAGAUGCCCGUCAAGCCGUACCACGUGACGUGGGCUCCGAUUCUCCAGUCGCGCAAUUGCGCCACGCAAACCCCGCCACCGCACAAAGAGAGCUCCGUCUAAUUAAUCAGCGGCUCCGGGACCAAUUCCACCUGUGAUACUUGUGAAUAUUAUAUUAUAUCUCAUAAGCGAUUAAAGAAAACAUUAUCAACUGUA